ACUUGUAUUUACUGGUAUCGUUUCAUCCCUAUUUUCCAUUUCUAAAUGUGUAUUUUGCGAAGCCAAGGCAUUAAAUUAGCCUGGCUUUAUAUGUACUAGUUUAUUAAACGUCGCGUACUUCUCUUUAUACAUUUAGUGUUUCUGCACACGUACGUAAAAGGAUAAUAAUUCAAUAGACUUUGGAAUGCGUAUAAACAACAAAGUACAAUUCACAUAAAGUAGAAGGUGCUGUAAAUACCAAUAAUAUAUUUUUGUGACAAGUGAACAUGGAGUGGACAAGAGAAAAAACACUCGCUCUUAUAAAUGAAUACCGCCAACGGCGAGGCCUAUGGGAUAUGACACACGAUGAUUAUCGGAAGAAAGAUGUUAAGCAAAAUCUUUUAAUGGAAGUUAGCAGCAGUCUAGGCGGAAACAUACCUGUUGGGGAAAUCGAAAAGAAAUUCCAUACCCUACGUACUCAAUACCACCGUGAAAUAAAUCGAAAUAAGCGUAAAGAACCUUACAAUUCGAAAUGGUUUGGCUUUAAGAACUUACAGUUUCUAAGCUCGCCCAUGGCCCGUCGCUUGUCAAGAGGACGUGUUAAAAACGAAAUCUCGGAAGAGAGCACUGUUACCACUAAAUAUAUUAUAAGGGAUUUGACAACACAACAACAUGAGAACAGCGGCAGUUCUGCGAACUCAAGCAACAAUUUAAAUGAAGAGUUUUUAACAUUGCAUCAGAAACCAACUAUAACAAUAGAAGCUAUGGAGAACAACACAAGCCGUCGAAACGCGAGUCGUACAAGGGCGUUAGAAAAAUUAAUUGAAGAAACUACCAAAGAUGUUGAGGAUAUUGAUGACAAACCAAAAAUCUCUGUUUCCUUGAGUCACCACGGUUUUACUGCUGAAAUGCACCCACAGGAAGAAACAAAUAAUCAUGGAAAUCAUUCAGAAAGUCACACAAUAGAGGACGAUGACGAUCACAUAGAAUCACUCCAAAUACAAGCAGAAGAAGAAGGUAUUGUAUACUCUACGUCGAGCGGUGCUAACGGGUGCGAUGGCGGGCCAACAAAUCAACAGACAAUACAUCAAGGACCAUUACCUACCCGUAUAAUAAAAAUACAUCGCCGUGACACAUGUACCGAGCCUGAAUUUUUUGAAGAGGAUGCUGUGGCAACACUAGACAACAAGCGCGUUUUCUACGAAAGCACUGGGCAGCAACAUUGUGCAACUAUAGUUACGUCGACGCCAACUGUAGUAUCGAAUACAACAAAUGCAUUGAUGAAUCCCAAAAUCAAAAUUCACCAGCAAAAAAGGCAACCUCAAUUGCCAGGGCGAAAUUUAGAUGAGAAUGUGUGUAGAAAAACUGGGACAAUGCGCGACGAAUUUACAACGUAUGGAGAGUACGUGUCUAAUGAAAUGCGUAAUAUAACGAACCGAGAAGUGUUAUUGGGUCUCAAGCAUAAAAUAAAUACUGCUCUUUUUGAAGCACAAAUGGCUGAACUACAGAAGUGAAAGCAACCCGAUUGACAUAGUAAUGUUGGUUUAUGUAGUGACAAACGAGUUCUAAAACUAUUUAAAAUAAACCAAAAGCUUUAGCAAGUUAUUUUUAUAUUUAAGAAACGUUUGCCCACUUCCAUUUUAAAAUCCCAACAAGAACAGCUAGAAUUUAAGAUGCUCGUGAGUGUAUAGCUUUUUAUCGUAGCUCCUUAUGCUCCAUAUGGACACAUAUUGACAAAAGGUAAAGCAAAACUAAUUUUCCCAAUUUGUUUUUGUUACGCACGCAAAUUUAUAAGAAAGUUUUAUUUAGCUACCACAGUGAGGGAAUUCACUCAUAAAACUCCGAAGCCAGAAAUUUGGCUGUAUAUUCAUCACACAAAUCUCGCAAAAAACUAAAUUUUUAUCUGAAGACGUACAUACAUAUAUACCUUUUUUAAGUUGAAGAAAUCGUUCAUUUCAUAUACAUUAGGGCGGGUCGAUUUUUUCCAAUAAAAUCGCAUAUGCGGAAAAUGCUCAACGUAUUAUUCUGAACAACUUUGUUUAAGAAACUAUUGGUCUAAAACCAAUUUAGAGCCAGCGAAUUUUAAGGGGAAGUUUCAUAUCAGGUAAUACAAAAUAUUGUGGGAAAAACUUAUACAAAUUUAUGAGUGUAAGGGUACAAAAAGCACUUCAUUUUUUAAUACUUAAAUAAGAACGUUUUUAAGUCCUACAAUUCCAAGCGGGGUAUUUUUUUUUUUACUAAAAAUCAGUCACAGCCAUAACACUUCCACGUACGUGAACGUAAUGUUCAGUUCCUUGUACGUGGCAUGGAACUAGUGGGUCCGGAAGUGAUAGGUCUUCAAAUUCUAAAUAUUCCUUCAAAUGGUUGUGCGGAAUGUAGUAAUUGUCGGUUCUGUUAAAAUAUUGUCAUCAUCCAAAUCUAUCAUACCGAAAUAAUUGGAGCAGUCAAAAUUAAUUUCACAUUUCUUGUACUCUUUAAGUUCUUCUAUUGCCUUUCAUCGUAAAGAAUUGAUAGCAUGACAUUUGCUGCAUGAGCAAAGUAUGUGUUAGAAGCAGACUGCCGUAUAUAAUGGAAUGUUAGUAUUUAGUGUUAAAGUACAUGGGAACAUAAACUCUUACAAGGUAUUCUUCUAGAGUUUUUAAGUUACAAGGUGGUGAACUUGUUGAAACGUAUAAUCGUAAAAUUCGGCCGGCCUUGGUUAGCCAACGGGAGUGCGCUACAGGUCCAGGUUUUAUGUUAGCUAUUUUAUUUUAUUUUGUCGGAACCAGGCAGGGCGUAAUUUAAGUCCGAUUUCAAUCAU